AUCUAUACAGGCAGUUCAUUGACUUGCCCCUCUUUCUUCCUCUUAUCAUCACCCCGGACGUCCCAUUCUUAUCAGUUCCUCCUCAAGGCCUCACCACCACUUUGUGUUAAAUAAAUAAUGGCAACAGUACCCGUUCCACCACCCCAGCCAUCGACGAACCGGUCACACAUGAAUCCUGUACCACCCUCCGUCUUCACCCUCCCUCAAACAGCGCAAUUGGAGGCUCUGUACACCAUCAUCAGGGACAAAGACACGUCCAGGGGCGAUUUCCUCUUCUACUCUGACAGGAUCAUCAGGCUGCUCGUCGAGGAAGGGUUGAACCAUUUGCCUGUCGUGAAACGCACUAUUACGACGCCGACGGGCACGACAUACGAAGGCGUUGGCUUUGAAGGCAAGAUAUGUGGAGUAUCCAUCCUACGGGCUGGCGAGGCUAUGGAAGCAGGUCUUCGGGAGGUUUGCAGGAGCGUUCGAAUCGGAAAGAUAUUGAUUCAGCGGGACGAGGAGACGGCGCUUCCUAAACUGUUCUACUCCAAGUUCCCUCAAGAUAUCGCUGCUCGUUACGUUCUCCUUCUAGACCCCAUGCUCGCGACAGGCGGUUCAGCAAUGAAGGCAGUCGAAGUUCUCAUCGAGCAUGGUGUUCCCGAGGAGCGGAUUAUUUUCAUCAAUCUUAUCGCCUCUCCCGAAGGCCUCCAAACAUUCUGCGGAAAAUAUCCCAAACUCAAAGUGAUUACGGGGUGGAUCGACCAGGGCUUGAAUGAGAAGGCGUAUAUUAUCCCAGGCCUAGGCGACUUUGGUGAAAGAAGGUAUUGCGAAUAGAGAAUUUGUCCUUGAUUACGUUCAUAGUUGUUGCUGCAAACAUUUUCACCUUUUCAUGAGUCCAUACUCAGUUCUCGU